UUCCUGCGGGCGCCUUUGCGCUGACCCCCGGCAUGGCCGUGAUGGGGGUGCAGGUGGUGGUCACCCUGCUGGCCGCCAGCCUGAUGCAGAAGAUGGCCCCGCACUGCUCCUUCGCCCGCUGGCUGCUCUGCAAUGGCAGCCUGUACAGGUACAAGCACCCCUCGGACGAGGAGCUCUGCGCCCUGGCCGGGAAGCAGCGCCCCAAGAGCAGGAGGGACAGGAGGACCAACGGGCUGAGCGAGGACAAACCCCUGUCCGUGCCCCGCGACAUCGACCUGCGGCUGGACACCAGCCCCAUCACCGCCGUGGACGCUCUGGUGCUGCGUUAUUUCCUGGAGUACCAGUGGUUCGUGGAUUUCGCCGUCUACGCCAGCGCCGUCUACGUCUUCAGCGAGGGAUAUUUCUGCCUGGUCAGCCCCUCCAGGGAGACCAACCUCGGCGUCCUCUGGUGCCUGCUGAGCGUCGUCUUCUCCGUCAAGGUUUUCUUCAUGGUGAUGCGGCAUUAUUUCCGCUCGGAGGAGGGCGGGGAGCGCUCCGUGUGCCUCACCUUCGCCUUCUUCUUCCUCCUGCUCGCCAUGGUGGCCCUGGUGGUCCGCGAGGAGUACCUGGAGUUCGGCCUGGAGGCCGGACUGGCCGGAGUCACCACAAACCUGGAGCCCAUCCUGAAGCCCCGGGGCUGGGAGUGGACGCUGCCCCUGGCCAAGCUGGGCUUCAAGCUGGGGCUGGUGGCCCUGUGCUCCUUCCUGGGAGCCUGCCUGACCUUCCCGGGGCUGCGCCUGGCACAGACACACCUGGACGCCCUCAGGAUGGCGGCUGACAAACCCCUGACACAGCUCCUGCUGCACGUGGGGUUCGUGGCGCCGGUGCUGGUGGUGCUGAUGUGGGUCAGGCCCCUCUCCCGGGAUUUCCUGCUCCAGGCCCCGCUGGGCAAGCAGGCGGUGCAGAUCCUGUCGCACUCGUCCUACGACACGGCGCGGCUCUGGGCCGUGGUGGCGCUGGCCCUGCUGCGCCUGCUGGGGACGCGCCACCACCUGCAGGCUUACCUGGCGCUGGCCCCGCGCUGGGUGCGGCACAUGCGGAGGGAAGCCGGGCGCAUCCCGGCCCUGGAGAUCCAGCAGAAGAUCAGCGGGAUUUACUGCUACGUGUCCGUGGUGAGCCUGCAGUACCUGGGGCCCGUCAUCCUCAGCCUGCACUGCGCCCUGCUGCUCAAGACGCUGGGCCAGCACUCCUGGGGGCUGUACCCCGAGCUGUCCCCCGCCGUGUCCCCAGCAGCGCCGCUGGUCCCCCCACGCCCCGAGGGCGAGGCUGGCGAGGACGUGCAGGUGGUGGUGCAGGAGAUCUCGGGGGUCCUGGGCUGCAUCUUCACCCCCCUCUUCUUCCGAGGACUCUUCUCCUUCCUCACCUGGUGGGUGGCCGCCUGCCAGGUGGUCACCAGCCUCUUCGGCCUCUACUUCCACCAGUACCUGGCCGCGUCCUGACUGGGGGGGACUGGUCAGAGCCCAGCCGGAGCUGGCUGUCCCGCUCUGGGGACACGCCUGGGGACAUCGGUGCCACCAGGACGGGGUUUGUGGCUGUGUCACCGCUGUGCCUGCCCCUCCUGGGGACGCUCCAGCGCUGCCUUUUCCUGGAGGACACGGUGGGGACACCCAGGAGCGGCCAGCGUGGAUUUUGGGGUGUUCUCUGGGCUGGGGGGGGGGUUUUGUAGGGUCUGUGACCCCCUCGGGCCCAGCAGCCUCGGGGGUGGGUGCUGCACAAUAAACAAGUGAC